AUGGACAACUUGGUGACCAAUGAUGACCCACAAAGGGACUUUAUUUUGUUGGAGGACUCUGAAUCAGAGACACUCGGCCCGUCAGAGCGGUGCACACCGCACCUGCUGGACCCAGCGGACCAGGAGAACAUGGAGCGCUUGGAGCAACGUUUUGACUGUUGCAUCCAGCAAGUGUCCCGUCUGGAGAUGCAGAGGGACGAGCUGAUCCAAGAACUUGUCUGCCUCCAUCAGCCCAUGCUGCGUGUGGUGAGCCACCUGAGAGGGAAGGUUCUGCAGGCCCAGAGGUUGCUGAGUGUGGUUCAGCUGGACCAUGUGGCUGUUUGUGAAGAAGUGCAGCAGGUGAAGAAGAAGCUGUUCACCGCUGCCAGAGACUGCAUCCACAGCCAGGUGGUGCUGGCUACACAAGAGUACCAGGUGGCUCAGUCUGCUCUUACCCAGGAUGAGCUCAAAGCCCGUGUUCAGACUCUGACCCAGGAUCUGACCCAGCUUCAGGAGGUCCACUGGAACCAGCUCAACUCCCUGAGGGUGCAGGCUCACACGCCCUGCCGGCUCAGGACGGUAAGCGACGUCAGCCACGGGCGCCAGGCUGCAGUUAGACUGCAGUGGCGGCUCAGCGGCAGCGUGCGUGCGCUGGAGAGCUGGUACGAGCCUCGGCUGGUGGUCCUCCUAAAGAGGAGGCAGGCCUCAGCGGAUGGCCUGAGGAAGAUACACGAGCAGGCUGAGGACCUGAGGGCCCAGCUGGGGCCGCUGAGAGAGGAAGUCCAAAGACUGGAGGUGCAGCGAGCGUGGCUGCAGCAGAGGCUGAAGCUGAUGGACAGGGACAUGGAGGACGACGCCACACAGCACAAAGACAUGGUGGAGAUGUUAAAGGACAAUUUGAGAGAACUCAAAGUGGAAUUUGCAAUCCAACAACGGUUAAAGAAACAGGUGGAGGAGCUGAAGGAUGACCUGUUAGCAGAGCUGAAAGUCCUCAGAGGCACUUCCUUAAAUCCUCAAUGUUCCUCAAAGAUUUCUAUGAUAUAA